AUGAAUCCGAUUCUGCGAAGGAUACCAAAGUCCAGGCUGUCUGGCUGCGUUAAGUAUGUUGCGCCGCAGACGCCUGUUCCCGCUCGCUGCAUUGCUGCAACAGCAGUGAGGCACUUCAGUGGAUCACCCGUGCAGCGAAUCAAGUUCACUUCAGAAAAGUAUCCAGACAUCAAGAGGGAUUCACGCUUUGCACAAUUGACGGAGGACCAUGUCAAAUACUUUACGGACCUCUUGGGCAGCUCCGCCGUCAUUGAUGCCGUCACAAAUGAAGCUGCUAGUGAUGACAUCGAGCCCUUCAAUGGGGAUUGGAUGCGAAAGUAUCGCGGUCAUGGCAAACUUCUCUUGAAACCUGGCUCGACAGAGGAGGUCAGCAAAAUACUGAAAUACUGCAAUGACAACAUGCUAGCCGUUGUGCCGCAAGGCGGCAACACUGGCCUUGUUGGCGGUUCUGUACCCGUAUUCGACGAGAUUAUCAUAAAUAUGAGCCGCAUGAACCAAAUCCGGUCUUUCGACGAAGUGAGUGGUACGCUGGUCGUUGAUGCAGGCGCUAUUCUAGAGUCGGUGGACAACUAUCUCGCGGAGAGAGGCUACAUCUUCCCACUAGACCUUGGCGCAAAGGGCUCUUGUCAUGUGGGCGGCAAUGUCGCAACAAAUGCUGGUGGUCUACGAUUACUCCGGUACGGUAGCUUGCACGGAAGUGUGCUGGGUAUUGAGGCGGUCCUUCCAAACGGAACUGUUGUGGAUGAUCUCUUCAAGCUUCGAAAGAACAAUACAGGCUACGAUUUGAAGCAACUCUUCAUCGGCGCUGAGGGUACGAUUGGUAUUAUCACAGCCAUCUCGAUACACUGCCCUCAAAGACCCAAGGCUGUCAACGUUGCAUUCUUUGGACUCGAAUCGUUUGAGGCAGUGCAACAAGCCUUCCGUGAGGCCAAGUCACAACUCUCCGAGAUCCUGUCUGCUUUCGAGCUCAUGGACGCGAAGAGCCAGGAUCUAGUGCACGCGGUCACGCAGAAUAAGCGGCCUCUAGAGGGAGAGUAUCCCUUCUACUGUCUCAUUGAGACGAGCGGGUCGAAUACCGAACACGACACUCAGAAACUCGAGACCUUCCUGGAAGAUGUGAUGGAGAAGGGCAUUGUUGUGGACGGAGUGGUAGCGCAGGAUGAGACCCAAAUCAGGGCUCUGUGGGGGUGGCGCGAGGGCGUUCCCGAGUGUCUGGGACACUGGGGUGGCGUGUACAAGUACGAUGUCUCGAUCCCACUGGAGAAGCUGUAUGAGCUAGUCGAUGACACGAAGGCGCGGGUCGAGGAAGCAGGUCUGAUAGGCGAGACGGACGAAUACCCUGCCAUCGGUGUGGUAGGUUACGGCCACAUGGGAGACGCCAACCUCCAUCUCAACGUUGCAGUGCGGCGGUAUGACGAGAAGGUCGAAAAGGUUCUAGAGCCUUUUGUCUACGAAUGGAUUGCAAAGAACCAGGGCAGUAUAAGUGCCGAGCAUGGGCUGGGACUGGCUAAGAAGAACUAUAUUGGGUACAGCCGAAGUGACACAAUGAUUGGCUUGAUGAAGCAAAUCAAGGAUCUUUAUGACCCGAACGGGAUCAUGAACCCGUACAAGUACAUAUAA